GGCGGAAUUUACAGUGGCACUAGAACCACCGGUUAACUUACCCAUCAUGGGGGAGGAUUUCACAAUGACGUGCAGCUAUUGGCCUCCAUUACCAGGUAGCGUGGUAAAAUUGUCGCGUGACCAAGGAAACGUCAUUGCUACUUUUGAUCAGGAAACCAAAACAAUUCAAUAUUCAAUUUUAAAUCAACUAAGGUUCAAGUUGAUAGGUGAUAACAGCAACUCGUCUAUCACAAUAAACAAUCUGAAUACUGACGAUAGUGGAAAUUAUACAUGUAUUGUACUGAAUCAAAAUGGACGCAAAUCAUCGACUUUGGCAUUAGAAGUAUUACAUCCAGCUCCACCUAGUGACGUAAUCAUCAGCGAUAUUCAGUCUCAUGGAGGAUACCAUGAAAACUCUUACAUUACCAUGACAACGGGUGACCCACAUGAUGUAACAUGCACUGUACAAGGGGCACGUCCACCGGCUCGUAUUGAAUGGAAUACCGGUGUUGAACGUAUCCAGGUCAUGGAUCAAAUCAAUGUUGUUGAAGGCCAAAGCUACGUAUCUCACAGGGUAGCAACCAUCACCCCUUUUCCAUCGGGGACUGAAAUUGUGCUCCAAGCAACAUUAUCCAUCUGCAUAUUUAUUUCGGAAAGUGAGCUAGGAUCAUACAUUUUCUUCAAGCACUGUCAAGUAAAGAGGUCACAAUCAUUUCCAAUAAUGAUAUUCGGUACUUUGAAAGGAUUCCUCUUCUCAAUUUUGGUGUAUUGUAAUGGUAGCUUCGGGGAAUUCAACGCCUCGAUCGCCAACGAUGACAUCCCUACCAUCGGAGAUAAUAUUCAACUUUCUUGUGUCUACUCGUACCAGCUCAGCCGCUUCCGAAUCGCAUGGAGGAGAGAAGAUAUAGGAACACUGGUUUCUGUCGAAUGCUCUAGCAGUGUGCCGGAUUGUGAACGAAGGAAUUCUAAUCCCUCAAAGUUCAUAUUUACGAUAGAACGUCAACAUUUUAACUUGACAAUCAGGAAUUUGGCAGUGGAUGAUACUGACACAUACCAGUGCCAGUUCACCGGUUUAGGUUACUUUGAAAGAGCAGCAGUUCAACUUGAAGUGUUUGCAAAAACCCCACCACGUAGCAUAAUCAUUCAUGAUGAUCGGUCUCUGGAGGGAUAUCAAAACAACUCCUAUGUGACCAUGACGACAGGUCAACCACGUGACUUAACAUGCACAGUACGAGGAGCACGUCCACCGGCUCUCAUUGAAUGGCGCGCCGAUGCUGGAUGUAUCAAGAUCAUCGCGAUCAGAUCAAUGUUAUCGAAGGUGCAAUAUACUUAUCUACCAGGAUAGCAACCAUUACCUCUUCUAAAGAAGACCACAACGGAAUCAGAUUAAUAUGCAUAGGCCUA